ACCUCCUCCGUUGUCGUUCUGCCAGUGCGUAAAACGUCAUCUUACUCCGGCCACCCCACCGCCUUGGAAAUAUCAACUUACCCUGAAGCAUGGAAAAAUACGAAGUCGUACGUCCCAUCCCCCCCAUCCUCCCCCUAUCGAUAAAAUACCCCAACCCCUCUCUCUCUCUCUCCCCUGUAACUCCCACACAGUAUCCAAAACCUAGGGUUUCUGUUCCGCACGGCAACCACAAUCGUUCAAAGGAAUUGAACUAUGGGAAAGAGGAAGUCGAGAACGAAGCCGCCUCCAAGGAAGCGGAGGGACAAGCUUGAUACUGUUUUCAGUUGCCCCUUCUGCAACCAUGGCACCAGCGUUGAGUGCAAAAUUGAUAUGAAGAACCUUAUUGGGGAGGCUUCGUGCAGAAUUUGUGAAGAGAGUUUCAGCACUACUGUUACAGCUCUAACCGAACCAAUAGACAUAUACAGCGAAUGGAUUGAUGAAUGCGAGCGGGUUAACAACCUGGAAGAUGAUGGUGCUGAGUAGGAAGGACCAAUCUUGUUCCCUAGUCAACUAAUUUCAGUAGCCCAUGAUGCCCCUUGUAAUGUUUCUAGGAUAUAUUAGGCCUGUAAUUAUGUUAGCUUUUUUAGUGAACAGGAGGUGUGCAACAAUAUGCUCAUCACAUCAUGUGCUAAGUAUUAUAAAAAUAGUGAUCCCGGUGUAUGUAAGGAUGGUCCUGUUAAGUUUAGAAUUGUGUUCCCUCUUAUGUAAGACAAGAAUGUUUUGCACUGCUAUCUUGCUUGAAUGAUCUUUUUCAUGACUAAGUCUAGUAUCAUCAUCCAACUGUGUUGAACAGAAAUUCGUAUAAGAUCAGAUGAA